CUAGUGCUAUAUUAUAUUGUAUUCAUUUUUAUUUUUGCAAAAGAAAAGAGAGAGAGAGAGAGAGAGGUCAGAAAGUGGAAACCACAGUUUAACUUGUCAGAUAUUAGCGUGACUGAAUUUAUGUAUACGCAUACAAUCUUUUGCUACUUGCUACUACUACUUUAACCAUUGCUUCCAAGAAAAAAGCAACAAACACACAUCACACGUAUUCUUCGAUUGAGACAAAUCCUGGGUUAUUUACCAAAAUACAACUUUUCUUUUUCUUUAAUCUCUUAUAUAGUUUAAUAAAGAUUGUUUUAUAAGUUGAGUGGUGGAGGCGGUGGUGCUGAUUCAGAGAGUGGGGUAUUGUAAGGAGAGAGAGAUAAAGGGGACAGAACAUUCUGAAGGGUUUUCAGAUUUGCACUAAAGGAGAAGGACGACGAAGAAACAACAGCUCAUCUUCUUUUGAUUUUCUCUGUUUUUUUCUUUCUUUCUUUCUUUUAACGUUAUAGAGUUUUUUUUGUUGGAUUGCUGUUUUGUGUUUUGUCGGAUUACUCUUGGAUUAGAUAGAGUUCUCUGUUCCUCUCUCUGUCUACUACACACAAAGCAGCAGCAGCAGCAGCAAUAUAGCCCACACUUUUUUGCCUCUUGUCUUUGUUUCAUUUCAUCGAAUUGAUCCUAAAGAAGGUUUCUUUUCCCACCACCAAAGAGAUUCCAAGUUGAGGGAAAAAGAGAGCAGAACAAUCUUCAGAAAUCUAUUUCUGGCUUUGUUUAUUUGUGAGAAAUGAAGUUUAUGAAACUUGGAUCCAAACCUGAUUCGUUUCAGUCUGAUGAAGAUUGCGUAAGAUAUGUAGCAACGGAGUUAGCGACUGAUGUAGUUGUAAUUGUUGGAGACGUGAAAUUUCAUCUUCAUAAGUUUCCUCUUCUUUCCAAAAGCGCUCGUCUUCAGAAGUUGAUAGCCACAACCACGACCGAUGAGCAAUCAGAUGAUGAUGAAAUCCGCAUUCCCGAUAUCCCGGGAGGGCCACCAGCGUUUGAGAUAUGCGCGAAAUUCUGUUACGGAAUGGCUGUGACUCUCAACGCAUACAAUGUUGUAGCUGUGCGUUGCGCUGCUGAGUAUCUCGAGAUGUAUGAAUCGAUUGAAAACGGGAAUCUUGUUUACAAGAUGGAGGUUUUCUUGAACUCUAGUGUUUUGAGAAGCUGGAAAGACUCCAUUAUAGUUCUCCAGACGACGAGAUCAUUUUAUCCGUGGUCUGAAGAUGUGAAACUCGAUGUACGGUGUUUGGAGUCAAUCGCUUUGAAAGCUGCUAUGGAUCCUGCAAGAGUUGAUUGGUCUUAUACUUAUAACCGAAGAAAGCUUCUUCCCCCCGAGAUGAACAACAAUAGCGUACCGAGAGAUUGGUGGGUCGAGGAUCUCGCUGAGCUCAGCAUUGAUUUAUUUAAAAGAGUGGUUUCGACUAUUAGACGAAAAGGCGGUGUUUUGCCUGAGGUUAUCGGAGAAGCUCUUGAGGUAUAUGCAGCAAAGAGAAUCCCUGGUUUCAUGAUUCAAAACGAUGAUAAUGAUGAUGAAGAAGAUGUGAUGGAACAAAGAUCUUUGUUGGAGACAUUGGUUUCGAUGUUGCCUAGUGAGAAACAGAGUGUUUCUUGUGGAUUCUUGAUCAAGCUGUUGAAAUCCUCUGUUUCUUUCGAAUGUGGAGAAGAAGAGAGGAAAGAGUUAAGUAGAAGAAUCGGAGAGAAGCUAGAGGAAGCAAAUGUGGGUGAUCUCUUGAUCAGAGCUCCAGAGGGAGGUGAAACAGUCUAUGACAUUGACAUUGUUGAAACCUUAAUCGAUGAGUUUGUUACACAAACAGAGAAAAGAGACGAGCUUGACUGUUCAGACGACAUCAACGACAGUUCAAAAGCAAAUGUCGCCAAGUUAAUCGAUGGAUACUUAGCUGAAAUCUCCAGAAUCGAAACCAAUUUGUCUACUACAAAGUUCAUUACAAUUGCAGAAAAGGUUUCAACUUUCCCAAGACAAUCACACGAUGGUGUGUAUCGUGCCAUUGACAUGUUCUUGAAGCAACAUCCAGGAAUAACAAAGAGUGAGAAGAAAUCAUCAAGCAAAUUAAUGGAUUGCCGGAAAUUAUCGCCGGAGGCUUGUGCUCACGCCGUGCAAAACGAGAGGUUACCAUUACGAGUCGUUGUACAAAUCCUCUUCUUCGAGCAAGUUCGUGCCACCACGAAACCUUCUCUUCCACCGAGCGGCUCGCACGGGAGCUCAAGAACGACAACAGAAGAAGAGUGUGAGUCAGUCACAGCCACGGAGGAGACGACAACUACGACGAGAGACAAGACGAGUAGUUCUGAGAAGACGAAAGCAAAAGGAGUUGUAAUGUCUCGGAUUUUCUCGAAGCUUUGGACAGGUAAAGAUAAAGAUGGCGUUGGAGAUGUUAGUAGCUCAGAUACAUCUGAAAGUCCUGGCUCAGUUACUACCGUCGGUGAUAAAUCGACGCCGUCGACUCGCCGGAGAAGGUCAUCGUCUUGACUUUAGACAAUUUGGGCUUUUUAAAAAUCAGGGCUUUUCUUUAAGCUAACAAAUUUGGGUUUUUUUGUUUUGGUGAUUAAUAACCCAAAGUUAUUGGUUAUGUGAACCGUUACAAUUUUGAGAAAUCCAAAUUCUAAUGACUAAUGUUGCCUCUUUUUGUUUUGUCAAGAAUUCUACUAAUGUUACCCUUUUAGUUUUCUUUUUAAAUUUAACUAAAAAGUAAUAUAACCGUUUUGGCCC